AUGCCUUGGCUCUCGAGGUCACCGUCUUACCAGUCGCCCAUCAACUCUCCGCGUACAUCACCAAGAUCGAGCACAUGCGGACCGAUCAAGACAUGUGGACCCUCGGUGACUUACGUCCCGCCACUCAUCGAUGGCGCCUGCGGAACCGUCCCCCUCGCACAGAAGUCGACGCUGCCGAUGCUUCAUGAAGAUCUUCGGGAAAUGUGGCAGAUGAUGCCGGGUCUGAUGGCGUCGCUGCGGACUCACGUCGCCAACCACCGCCAGCACCUCUCAAAGAGCCACCUGAAGGACAUCAUUGUCCAGCUGAGCCUCGCCAUUGUGGAAGUUGGGAUGAUCACGCUUGCCAUCCCGCUCUUCGCCGUGCUGCCUGGGAUCCUGUUCUCCGCCUGGUUAGCAAUCUCGAUGAGCUUGGUCUUUGGUCUGAGCUGGUUGAUGAACGGGAACGAAAUCAUGGUCAGCUGUGACGAGUUCGGCAACAGCACAAACGACAUCGACGACGACGACGAGAGGUGGAUAUUCAUCGGCGGCAUGGGCACAAGCUCCCUCCAUCUCACACAAUGCACUGUUCCUCGGCUCGCCCGCCUCUUCGGACGCUCGUUCAGCGGCAUCCAGAUGGCGACCUACGGUCUCCCCUUCGACAUGCUCCUCCUCGCCAUCCAGCGCUGCUUCCCGUUCCAGACGCAGGCCUCACGCGCCCUCUAUACCGAGCUUCGCUCAGCCCUCCUCGAUGCCGCCGUGCAUCGGGUUGCCGUCCUUGCCCACAACAACGGCUCCCUCCCCGUCGCCCACGUCCUCGCCCGUCUCUGUGCCGAUAUCCAGCCGGAAAAGCUGACCAAGCUGGAGAUCUACACCUUCGGAGCGGCCGCGUCCGAGUUCGUCGUCCCUGUUGGCGAGAACAACCGCAGGCCAACCCGCUUUGACGACGGUUCUGCUGCUGCUGUUGAAGAGCGUGGCCCUCACAUCGAGCACUUCGCCUACGCCAACGACCCCUUCGCUCAGAUGGGCGUUCUCCGUUCCGUCCACAAGAAGCUGGAUGGCCGCUUCUGCGGCGGCGUCUUUGUUAUCCACAACCAGGUCCCCCAGCCUUCGGGUCACUGGGUCGCCGACCAGCGCCCGGUAAUGCUCCUGACUGACUACCUUUCGGCGCUCUUCCCGGAUCCUUCUUCGCCGCACGCACCCAGCAGCAUCCUCGACCACGUCAUGAUGAUUGACCGAGACAUCGCCGAGAAGCGCGAGCUGGCCGCCAUGGCGAACUACGCGCAGACCAGGCGUUCCCGUAAGGACAGUCGCCGGCUCAGCUGGACCGGCCUGGGAGCAACGGUCGGCGGCAAAAGCGGCGUCAUGGACGGCGUCAUGGGGCUGGAGAUGGCGAGACGCGGAUGCCGGGACUGCGACGGCCAUCGGGGUCGUGAGGUUAGCUGGCUCGCCAACUACGUGCAAACCGGCUGGGUCGUCGAGAAGGAGUCUCACAUCGUCGAUGCCAUGGGAAUCGGUGGCAGGUUCUAA